CUUUUAACGCGCGCUUUUUCCGCUCGGCACCUUUAUGUGAUUUAAGCUACAUGCUAAAGUAGCUCCGGUGCUUGCCUGGCAGACUGAUAGGUGCUGCACAAAAGACGCAAGAUAACGCUGCAAAUAACGAACUAAAACGGACGCCCCCAUCAGCCAAAAGGAAGUGCGAACGGCCUGUGUGUGGCAGCGUGCUACAACAUACCAAACUUUGCAAUGGGCAAAAAGUCUCGCGAAGAGAAAUCCUCAUCCUCUGACGAAGAAGAAUAUGUCGUGGAAAAGGUGUUGGACAGGAGAGUCGUGAAAGGCAGAGUGGAAUUCUUCCUGAAGUGGAAAGGAUACUCAGAGAAGCACAACACAUGGGAGCCAGAGAAGAAUUUGGAUUGCCCUGAACUUAUUGCAGAGUUCAUGAAAACCUACAAGAAAACCAGCAGCGGGAGUGCCACACCAAGUACUGGUUCCAGCAAAUCCAACACAGGAUCAUCUGGCCGCUCCAAAGAAUCUGGUAGCUUGAAGAAAAAAGGUUCAGAUGAGGAGGAGGAGGAAGAGGAAGAGGGUGGAAGUAAACCUAAGAAGAAGAAAGAGGAGGAAAUUCUAGUCGCACGUGGCUUUGAAAGAGGACUUGAGCCGGAGAAAAUCAUUGGAGCAACUGAUUCAUGCGGAGACCUAAUGUUCCUCAUGAAAUGGAAAGAUUCAGAUGAAGCGGAUCUCGUUCUUGCCAAGGAGGCCAAUCAUAAGUGUCCACAAAUCGUCAUAGCCUUCUACGAGGAGCGCCUCACUUGGCAUGAAGACGGUGACAAGAAGGAGAAGGAUGCCGUUAGUGCUUGAGGGCAACGCCUCUGGAGGAAACCUCCACUGCAGGGAAAACAUUCUGUUGGACUUUUUGUUUUCCUUCUCUGAAACUUCCAUCCCUCACUUUGUCCAACAAUGAAACAAAAACAGUGCAUCCCUUUUGUUGUUUUCUCCACCCAUGCCUCAUUGAGCACAAGGGCCCAGACUUGGUAAAGGAUCCAUCAAAUAGAAAGCUGUUUGUUAGUGGACCUGGGUUAUAUGCUACUGGGCAAUGUUUCUACUGUUUUUUGUAUUGAUCUUUUGUAAUAUCUAAACAUUUUUGUUUUUACUUUUUCCCUGUUUUUUAAAGUUUUAAAGUACAUGAAAUUGUUACUAGGAACACAUUUGCAGAAACUGUUAAAGUUGCAAAUCCAGACUUGACGGUUUCCCAAUCUCCAUCAUUGUUGUUAACAGUGCACAUUUUUUUCUUUUGCAAGAAAAGGUUAAAACUAUACUGUUAUCUUCCUUUUUGUCCCCUUUAAAAAUCAGAUAUCACAACUGAUUGGUUUUUAAAAGUGCAUAAUAAUUGUUUUCCACUGAUUCUCUCUCUUUUCAUUUUUUAUUUUUUUGUGCAACUUUUAACUUUGAAUGUUGCAGGGCCACGCUCACCAAACGCUUUAACAGGUGCAUCUGUGCGGUCACUUACAGUACAUUACAUCUGCUCAUCAGUAUUUUUUGUUUAAUAUUUUUGUUUCAUAUUAAGACAGUAGAAAGUUCAUAUCUCUAAUUAUGUGUCUGCCACUUAAGUCCCAAUGAAUUCAUUUGUUCUGGAUUCCUGUCAUAAAGCUGAAGCUUUCAUGUUUUGACUUCCAUCACGAUAACAUGCUUCAAAAGUGACAUAAUUACCUUUUAUGACGUUUAAGAAAUGGCAGCUGUAUUGGACUGCAGUUGAGAACACUGGUGCACCUGUUUAAGUCAUUGAGGUGCACGUCUGUGUAGUGAUGUAUAUUGGUUUUAAUUCGUGCUGUUUCGUUAAAUGUUUUUUUUCUUUUGGUUUGUUUCUUUUUGACAGUGUUGCCAGAGGAAAAAAAAUACAAUAAAGUUUUUUUUUCUCAGCUUUGUACUUUUCAUCACAUCCCAUGCAUUUUCAUUUUUGUUUUUCAUUUGCAUGUGUUGUGUAAGCUAAUGCUUUUUUCAAAUAAAAUUAGGUUUAAUCAGGAACGUCUCUGCCACCUUGUGGUAGCAAAAAGUGAAAUGACUGGUCAGCAAUGAUGACUAGAUUCAUCAUUUUUUUCCAUGCCCCCUUAAAUACUUUGUAGUUUUAAUGCAUUACAAAUCAUAUUAAAAUGUUUGAAUAGUUCCUUAUUUUCUACUGUCAUAAUUUUGACUUUUAAAGUCACUAAACAUGAAAGAUAGAUGCUUUGUGCUUUAAGAUUGAAGCUGGUUUUGCAGUCUGCAGAGAAGUUUUGGACCAAAUGUCUGCAGAUUCACAGACAGCUCGAUUUUAACUGAUUAUAAAUGCUGUGAUCAUCUUCAUUUUGAUACUAUCCAUUAAUUUCCUCCCCAGCACCGUUUUUUUUUCUCCUCCAAUGUAAAUAUUGGUUUUCUUUAGCUCUUGACAAUAUCAAAUUUUUAAAGUCAGUAGUUUAUUGUGUGAAAGAAAUGUUCCAAGUAUACAUGUACAGUAGCGUCCUUUAAUAAACAUUUUCAGUGUU